AUGCGGCAAUCUGCCCCGUGCAAUGUGUGCCGGAACUCGAAAAAGGACCGCGGCGCAAUCCAGCGGACAGCGACGCCGCGAGGAAAAUGGCCGUCCUCCUCCGCUGCUCCGCCGCCGGCGCCGGCGCCGUUCGGCGCCUUUUCCUCCCCGGACUCCUCACUUCGCCGCCGCCGCCGCCGCCGGAAACGCUCUCGGAAUCCAUUCCCGACCCGACCCCUCCCCCUCCGGCGGUGGACCGCGGCCGGGCCCUCCGCCGAACGGCCCGCGCCGCCGCACCUAAUCCCCGUCCCGCCUCCGCCCGCUAGCCCCAGCCCCCACCGCGCUCGCGCCCUCGAGUUCUCCCAGGACGCCUUCGACGCCAUCUCCGACCUGUUCGCGAACCCCGGCCUCGCCGCCGGCCCCGCCCUCGACGCCGCGCUCGACGAAGCCGGGAUCGAACCUCGGAACGAGCUGAUGGACGCGGUGUUCGCUCGCUUCGACUCGUCGCCGAAGCUGCUGUUCGGCCUGUUCCGCUGGGCGGAGAAGAAGCCGGAGUUCCGGCCGUCCGCCGGGCUGUUCAACGCGAUGAUCAACGCGCUCGGGAAGGCGAGGGACUUCGAUUCCGCUUGGGAGCUGAUCAACGGUCGUCUCCAGGGCGAUGGGGAGUCGUCUACGCUGGUUUCGGCGGAUACUUUCGCGAUAAUGAUCAGACGGUGUGCUCGAGCAGGUGGGACUCUACCAGCCAUUCGAACAUUUGAAUUUGCCCGUGGUUUGGAUCUCAUUCAAAAUGCUGAUUCAGAAAUGAAAUUGCUUGAGAUACUGUUGGACUCCCUUUGUAAAGAAGGGCAUGUUAGGGUAGCUUCACAAUACUUUUCCGACACGAGAGGAUUGAAUUCUAAUUGGAUUCCAUCAAUUCGUGUAUAUAAUAUAUUGUUGAAUGGAUGGCUUAGAUCUAAGAAUCUGGAGUGUGCUGAAGCAUUUUGGGCAGAGAUGAAGAGGGAAAGUGUGAAGCCUACGGUUGUAACUUAUGGUACCCUUGUGGAAGGAUAUUGCAGGAUGCAGCGGGUUGAAAGGGCAAUGGAGUUGAUUGACGAAAUGAAGAGAGAAGGCAUCGAGCCAAACGCAGUUGCGUUUAAUCCGAUAAUUGAUGCGUUGGCUGAAGCAGGUAAAUUUGAGGAGGCUUUAGGGAUGCUAGAACGCUUUUUGGUCUGUGAAUCUGUGCCCACUAUCUCCACUUACAAUUCCUUGAUAAAAGGGUUUUGCAAGGCAGGGGAUCUUGUUGGUGCGAGUAAGAUCAUCAAAAUGAUGAUAAGCAGGGCCGUUGUCCCAACCCCUACAACUUAUAACUACUUCUUCUGGUACUUCUCCAAAUCUGGUAAAAUUGAGGAGGGCAUGAAUCUCUAUACCAAGAUGAUAGAAUCUGGCUACACUCCAGAUCGCCUCACUUACCAUCUUCUGCUAAAAUUGUUGUGUGAGGAGGAGAGACUCGAAUUGGCAGUGCAGGUUAGCAAGGAAAUGAAAACGAGAGGCCUUGACAUGGAUCUAGCGACUAGCACAAUGUUAAUUCAUCUGCUUUGUAGAAUGUACAAAUUUGAAGAGGCUGUUCUAGAGUUUGAGGACAUGAUACGGAGGGGUGUAGUUCCGCAGUACAUUACCUUUCAGAGAUUAAAGGACGAGUUGCACAAGCGUGGCAAGGGGGUUCGUCACGUGUGAGGAGAACGUCGAUCAUGCAAAAAGCUGAAGCUAUGUCUGGUAUCCUAAAAGAUUGCAACAAUCCAAGAAAACUUGUUAAGUGCAGAAGUUCAUUAGGCAGCGAGUCAAAUUCUAACAAAUUGUGAACUAGAGGAUGAGUGCUUAAACGAAUUUACAGUUGCAAAAUAAACUGGUGCUGUGGUGAAGUGAUCUUGUUCUUGACUUAGCUUACAAUACAGUGACUGAAGAUGUCUUCAUUAACUUUUCUCUAUGAAGUCAUUCUCAUGCAGUUCUGAUAAUGAGUCUGUCUCUCCUGCUUUUGUAGUUUCUGAGUUAAUGAUGUGGUUUCUCAAUAUUAAAUAGCACAUAUAAAGACAAGUCAGCCACAUUUAAGUAUGUAUGUUAUUGAAUGUGGGAGGUGAAGAUUCAUAGUGGCAGGUGGAGGUUAAACAAGAAUGAUGGUGAGCAUUUGGCAGAACUUCUGAGUUUUUGAGCUGCCAGAAUACCCUCAGAGUUUUAUGCUUGCGCAAAAGCAAAGAACUUGUGGCAGCUAUAUUCUUCCUUCUUGUUUAGUGAAGCAUGGACAGGCGGGCAUUUUUACAUUGUUAAUAUACUGGAUUACCAUAAUGCUAUGUAAGUUUGUUUCUCCUGCUGCUUGAAUUAUACGUGUGGUUGUGUGUUAUGAUUGUUUUGAGUUCACCAUUUUCUCUCCUCUCCCCACCCCUCUUCAUUUCAUUACUUAUACCUGUUGACUAGACAUUGAGUCAUUGUGUCAUUGAGUUUUAAUUUUGAAAUAGGUUAUAUUGCAGUAGAAUGUCCUUGUCUGUUGAAUGUCUUCCAGAGAUUAUUUGUUUGCAUUUUCAGUUGGGUACCUUCAUGUUGACAAUUGGUGCUGUAUCACUGUGUUCCGUCUGUAGAUGGUGUCAUAUGUGUCAAUUGAUUUUUUGGACAUAUGACAUAAUACAUCCAGAAUAUUCAAUAUAUAAUUAUAACUUUGUGAGAGUGAGUUAACAUUGUUAUUGAUUAUGUUAUUUUAGGGUCAAAUGUGGUGUGCUUUCCUAGGUUCAGUCCAUCUCAACGAAUUUUCAAUCCUGCUUGUGUUCAAUUCGCAUUUUCAUGAUGCCUCAGAAACUACUGGCCCUUUGAAGUUUCAUCUACUGGACAUUCAGAAUUUGAUGUGAGAACUGUCCUACUUGUUGAAUUUUACCUUUUCUAAGAAUUUCUCCUGUUUUGGAAUAGGAAAUGAGACAUGAAUACUAUCAUGGUUUUUCCUUUUUUAGUGGUCCUGAUAUGGUUCUUGUUCCUUUCAUUUUCUUCUUUAUUUCUCCUAGAUUGGUCUGACAAGUGUAUCUCCAUCUUUCCCUGUUCCAUUUUCAUUAUGAAAUCUUUAUAAGCAUGACUAUCCGGAAUUAUGCCCUGAGUGGGCAGUCCUGGAAUUAUGUCCAAA